GUCGCUCAGGAUGCGCAUCUAUCUCGAUCCGGAAGAGCAGCCCCCUCGUGCAAGGAGAUGACAAGAUAAGAACUCCUCGCACAAGCAGCAAAACAAAUGUGGUCGGUUCGCCUGGUUGCUUGCGAAUUAGGGCUAAUUUGGAUUUUUCACACCGUACAAAAUGUAUCUCGAUUGCGGCAAGAAAAACGUCGCAAAGGCGCAGCGGACGUGGUGCGGACAGUUAUCUUUGAUUUCGAUCGGACGACGGUACACUCGACCGCCAACGCGGGAGCAGGAGAUAGUCGCGCUGAAGCUCUCUUGUUACUGGAGUCGUUCAAGAAAUCCGGCCCGGCUGCUUUUCCCUGGAACGUGUCCAGCAAGGUGUUUCGGGACCGGCUCGCCGCGAGCCCAAACUGUCGGCUGCAUGAGAAUGAACAAAAAGCAGCACCAUCAUCUUCCAGCGCAACAGCUGCAGGUAGAGGCGGUAACGCAGUGGACUUUUAAGCAUUGGGCCUCCGCGUUAGACUGCAGUUGAGUGACAGCUACGGAGUGGAUAGAAAACAGUUGAAAUGCAGUUGCAGCCAAUAAAUCGUGAUCAACGAAGAUAUUUGAUGAAUAUGCGGUGGGGUGGGUAUGACGGAAGCCUUCCGCCGCUUUCUGCUAGGUCUGUUGAUGCUAGUUCUUUUCUUUCACGAGGCAGACGCAAACCAGAGCUCUUGCGCGCAAUGGCCCAAGAGCGAAAGCCCUUGCUAGAUGUUGCUUCCACGUCGAUUCCAUCUCGAACGGAACUAGCUUUCCUCUAGCUUUCCAACUGUCCGAACUUGCUUCUAUCUUAACACGGAGGUUCAAUUCUAAGACUUUUGCCCCUUUUUUCGUACGCACGCAGCGUUUCCGCGGCAAUCGCAAAUUAGCGCUUCCGCCGUCCUUGGGGACAAAUCUUCAACAUGCCGUGUCUGCGACGAGUUCUUCCGCAGGGACGAAGGACGAUUUCUGGCCCAGUAUGCACAGUGGCACGGAGCAGCACUCCGACACCUCCGAGCGAGCCAGAGGGAGACGCGAAACGACAAGACAGUAGAAGUUGAUGCGCCACCAGUCUUGGUUUGGCGCGAACCGGAAUACGGAGGUGGGGGCUUGGGCGACCGCGCAAGGGGGCUGUUAAGGGCGGGAAUAUUAUAUGCCUUAUUGAACAACUUGUGAACUACCCGCCCUGUACUUUUUGUCUGAAGACGAUCGUGAGCUACAGAGGGCAGGUCGGGUCUGGGUCACGUUGCGCUUUCGGAAUUAUCAUUUUCUUGUCUUGCGUGCAACUGAAAUUAGACAAUCCCAGUGGUCGUGAAGAUGAAGAUGUUUUAUUCAAGGUGGGAACUUGAAUCAUAAUCUUCAAUAGGGCGCUCCUCUCCUGCUCCAUACUGGCUCGCCGCCUUUCUCACCGCUGUCAAACUUCGGCGGGUGUUUCUCCUUCGGGACCGGCAGCACACGUUUAAGCGAUUCUUCAAUCCGGCUGCCAUCGACUGGACAGUGGACGCGGAAAGACUGUUUUCAACUUCGCGCACCACCCGUCCCUUCUUCGUCGACUCGAUCGGCAAGUUUCUCGAUUUCGACGCCUUCGAAAAGGAAUAUCCACGCGCCUCCGUCCCUUGGGUCGAGAUCCAGACGAAUUCCUUACUCCUGUUCGAGAACGAAAAACUUGCCUCUCAACUCUAUGGAACAUGCUUGGUGCGGUGCCUAUUCGACUUUCUCUUUCGGCCAAGGGAGUUUUUGGUUGAGAAAGCGAACAAAGACGCCGAGGCGUAUGGGUUUGCGGCGUCGUCGACGUCCACCUUGCAGCGGGGCACUCCAGGUAAGACGGUUUGCUCGCAUUUCCGCCUAGGCACCAACCUGCAUUUGUUCCAGCACAUCGCAGCCGAGGAAGUCGCGGCUCUGGCGAAGAAAUUUGCCGGGAAAAUUGGGGAAGACCGGAAAAUCGGGGGGGACCUCGAUCCGAGACUUUGGCCGUCGAAUAACCUCGGCAAAAACCGCAUUUACCAAUCGGAGGAGGACAUUUUUAAGUUAGGCCUGAACGACUUCCAGGAAAGUUUGAAGAGGAGGUUUGGACGAGGACGAGCGGCGGGGGGUGACUCGAACGAAUUUGAACGAAAGUGGAACGCGUGGCGGAAGCCGCUGGAUGAGGCGGAGCGGUGCGCGGCGAGUCUAGCCGAAAUCCCUCCUGCAAAACCCGGCUCUUCUUCUCCGACUGCACCAUCCGCAGAGAAACCGAUAUGGGGAGGACAAGCGCCUGCUAAGUGAGGAAGUGCUAAGUAAAAUCUGGAGUCUCUGUCUCAUUUAGCAGGGUAAGAAGGCAGGAGUGUCACGAAGCAGCAGUCAGACAGUCGCAAUUUGCGGGCGCUGCAGCCCUGACAGCUGUGGCCCUGUCGUGAUCCUCCUGGCUCUUGUAGACCUGAAGGCUCCUUGCAUGAUGAAAUGGCCACGAUUAAUUCUUGUCCUUUUAUUUUAGCAAUUACUGAAACAAACUACCCGCCUCCCCAGCUGAUUUUGCACCGGCCGAUCAGAGCGCGUGCUCACUGUACUUCGUCGCCCUAUGGGCCCCAGCGCUCCUUAUUUAGUGACUCUAAUUGCCCACUUAGCAGCUGGCCGCCUCAUAACCGAAGUGGUUUGUGUUUAGCGACUCUCCGGCCGCGUACGAAUACGUGAAAGAGCAAGCCUAUGGAAGAGACAGGAUCGCAAUUGACAAAGUUGAAAGAGUUUGCAGUGGGUAAAAUGAUAAUGGAUGCCAGUGCUGGGAGCCCAGUCCUCAAGUGGUGCCUGACCAAUUUCGGCAGCAGCGAGCUCCAAUCUGAGACGCUGGCUGGGCAGGAGAGAAGACUGCUUUUGUCGUGUUACUUUGGCGAGCUCUGUCUAAUCUUCGACGCCGAUUUCGAUCCUGGCGCCUCCAUAAAACCGCUCGACAAAAGUAUCUGAACGUCACCGAAACGACAGCGGUGAAAAAGCACACGGACCCAGCGAAUAACCACGAGAAGAAACGAAAUCGGAUCUCGCUGAUAGCGCAACAAGGCGCGUGGUUGGAUCUGGCGUUUCUGACACAGUUUACAACCUGAAAAAAUACACUCUUAGGCACAUCUUUAUGUCUGACCGGAUGAGGAUGACAUUCGCUCUCCAUACCGGACGCGAGCGUCGAGAGAUGAUGCAUUGCGCAGGUUCGGACACUUGUGUGAAUUUGUUAACCUGAAGAGAGUGAUAAAGAUGUAAAGUAGAGGUGCGUAUUUUUUACCUGUAACCAGUGCGACGAAUUUGCGGCUUUUUAUUCCGGGUACAGUCGACUGUCGCUGGCGCUGAACAUGAGAUCGCCGACGGGGACACGGCUCCUACCCUGCUGCCGGAAAAGGAAGGUGGACGAAGGAGCGUGGUCGAGCUCGGACUGUAAGCCGGAAGUAAAAGAGAACUGAGACGAGGAAGUAGAACAUCUAUACCAUGGCUACAAGGAAAAAGUCUCUCGGAAACAUGAUAAAUGAGGGCGCUGCCGCGUCCUCCUCUUCCUCCUCGAGCAAGGACUCUGUGACGCCCUCCCCGCCGGUCGGAAACUGGCGUGGGCGUCUGUCGUGCGAGGACUGAGAAAACUCUUGCUGCUGCGCUUAAAAGAAUUACAGCCACUCGUUCUUCUUGCGAUUGCAACUUGAACGUCUCGCUCUUCUCGCAAUUGUUUGCUCUUUCGUAGCUUACAUCUGUACGAU